AUGCCUACUACACUGAACGGCCGCUGUGUCUGCAGCAAAGUACGAUAUGCCGCGAAGCUCGAUUCCGCGGAAGACGCGAGGACGUCGCUAUGCCACUGUUCAAGCUGCAAGAGGGCGUUCGGGACCAACUACGGUCUAACGACCAAGGUGCCUCUGGCAGGCUUCUCUUACACCCAAGGGGCGCCCAAGAAGUUCCGGCAGGAGAACGGCGUGAUGCGGGAAUUCUGCGACAACUGCGGCGCCUUCCUGUGUGAAUACGGCGAGCAGGCCGCCGACAAGUUCCGGUAUAUAAUGUGGGGGACGUUUGACGAGCCGGACAAGGUGCCGCCCAAGGGCGAAUUCUUUUGCUCGCAGCGGGAGGGGUGGAUGCCGCAGAUCGAGGGCGUGUUCCAUAAGCAGCAGAUCAAGGAGUGA